AUGUAUCUAGACUUCACCAAGAGCCUCGGUAUUGGCUCGCUCACUACCAUGCUUCUCUCCGCAUUCUCCCCACGAGAGCGUGCGCUCGUUGAUCAUCAGCCAGCGCUGCCUCCAUCCUAUCCCCUGGCCGUCCGAAGUCCCUAUCUCUCGACAUGGAUGCCCAGCGAUCAGGUUCAGACAUUGCCGUAUGCGGAGCCCCAGUUCUGGGCGGGACAGAGUCUCACCUGGUCGGUUAUGGCUCGCGUCGAUGGCCAGGCGUACAGUUUGAUGAGCGUCAAGAAUCCGGGCGAGAACAUUCGUCCUGCUAUCGUUCGAAGCGCCGAGUAUACUGCGACCCAUUCAGUGUUUACUCUUUCCGCUGGUUCGGUGGUUUUCACUUUGGACUUUUUCUCGCCCAUAUCGCCCUCAAACUAUCUGCGACAGUCCCUCCCUUUCAGCUACUUGACCGUUUCUGUGUCGGAGGGUUCUUCCAAGAGCAUUCAGAUCUACUCUAGUAUCGACGGAAGAUGGACGGGCAAGCCACAACACACUACGCGUGGUUUCCGUGAGAUCGGCUCCACGGCCGUCUUUUCCUUGGGGUUGAAGAACGGCGUCCCUUACUCUGAAGUAGAUGACAUGGCCACUUGGGGCGAGGCGAUUUUCGCCUCUCGUCCGACUUCCAGGUCCAAACUCUCCUUCUCAUCCGGUAAACGUGGCGACGUGCGUUCUCAGUUUUCAUGGGCUCCAGGAGGGAUUGUAGCCCUUUCGCACGACUUAGGAAGGGUUGAGAGUGGAGAAUCAGUGACAUUCGCCGUUGGACAUGUGCGCGAAGAGUCCAUUAAUUACUUGGGAAAGCCUUACACCGGAUACUACCGAUCGCAGUACCCAGAUAGCCAUGACGCGGAGUCCCGGGUGCUUGAUACGGAAAUGGCCAAGCUAGCCAAAGCGGCAGCUGGUCAGAAGUACGCCGACAUCGUCACACUGUCGGCUCGCCAGGCGUACGGAGGGAUAGAGGUGACGAUUCCUAAUGACACUCUUGACACUACCGAUGUCCUCGCGUUCAUCAAGGAGCUUUCUAGCAACGGCAACCUCAACACGGUGGACGUUAUCAUGCCUGCCUUCCCGAUCUACUACGUUCUGGACCCGGACUAUAUCCGACUCCUGCUGGAACCGAUGAUGAGGUAUUUGGCUGCUGGCCGCUGGCAAAAGCCGUAUGUAAUCCACGACAUGGGCAAGCAUUACCCCAAUGCCAUCGGGCAUGACGAUCAGAAGGCCGAGCCAAUGCCGAUCGAGGAAUGUGGAAAUCUAAUGGUACUGAUCCUGGCCUACGUGCGAGCAACGGGUGACACCGAAUGGGCCUCCCAGUACACCGACCUCCUGAGGGGCUAUGCGGACUACUUGGUCGAUAAUGGUGUUGAUAUCACCAAGCAGCUGUCUUCCAACGACGCAGCUGGUGCACUUGCUAAUGAGACGAACCUUGCCAUCAAGGCGGCCGUCGGUAUCAAGGCAUUCGGCGAAUUGACGGGACUUUCCGAAUACUCUGACAUCGGGGAAGCGCGAGCGGAUCUAUUCUUCAACCAGGGCCGGGGAACAGACGGGAAUAAGACACACUUCGUGCUGCAAUAUCCCGACAAGCCAGCCUCGUGGAAAAUUCCAUACAACCUCUACCCAGAUGUACUACUUGAUCUUCAGACCUUCCCCAAAGCGGCAUACGAAAUGGGAAAUACCUUCUUCAAGUCCGUUCGAGCGGAAUAUGGAGUUCCGUUGGAUAACCGGCAAGACUGGGCCAAGUCAGACUGGAACAUGUGGUUGGCAGGCACAUUUGACGCCGACACUCGGUCUGAGUUUGUGGAUGAUCUCUGGAGUUUCAUGACCAACGGAAAACACAACUGGCCGUUCUCCGAUCGGUACGUUGCCACAUCCGCCAAGGGACGGAGUCCUGGGGUGCCUGUAUUGUGUCGAGCUCGCCCAACAGUGGGUGGUCAUUUUGCCCUGAUGGCAUUACAAGGGCCUAAGUCUCUUCAGGCUGCUGUCUCGAAGCAGGUGUUUGGUGAAGGAGGCAACAAAGGAGGCAGUGACAGCCAGGAGAUUCUUUUGAACCAGGGAGAGAAUCUUUACUCCGUAGAUCUCAACUCAUUCACCUAUCGGUGUUACUCCUGCUCCUAUUUAGUUACUGCUACUUUUUUCCUAGUGGUUCCCCGUCCUCCACACAACUUCGGUCCUCAAGGCUAUCCCCUCCCCAACGGUGCUGUUCCUUCUGGUCCCGUCCCCGGCGCCGCCCCUCUCCUUCCCAACAAUGGUCGAAUCAUUCAGAAUGGUCCCGUCAGAGUGCUGUGCAUUGCGGACGUGCGAGGUAAUCUGAAGUCCUUGAAUGAGUUGGCCAGGCAGGCCCGUGCAGACCAUAUCAUCCACACUGGUGACUUCGGUUUCUACGAUGACACUUCGCUCGAGCGCAUUGCAGACAAGACUCUUAAGCACGUGGCCCAAUACUCUCCCCUGCUCCCCGAGAAUGUCAAGCGCACGAUCGCCCAGACUCCUCCCCAGCAGUCGAUCAAGCAACGAUUCACCCCCGAUCAGCUACCCCUCUCAGAGCUUCCCAUGCUGCUCGACAAGCGGCUCACCCUCGAUGUUCCUGUCUACACUGUCUGGGGUGCCUGCGAGGAUGUUCGCGUGUUGGAGAAGUUCCGUUCGGGAGAGUACAAGGUUGACAAGCUGCACAUCAUCGAUGAAGCCAACUCGCGGCUACUCGACAUUGGCGGUGUGAAGCUCCGUCUCCUGGGUCUGGGAGGAGCUGUAGUUAUGCACAAGCUGUUCGACAAUGGCGAGGGCAAGACUACUAUUGCUGGUGGUCAAGGCACCAUGUGGACAACCCUACUGCAAAUGGGAGAGCUGAUUGACACAGCAAACCGUGUAUACGACCCCUCAGAGACCCGGAUCUUCGUCACGCACGCGUCGCCGGCUCGUGAGGGCAUGCUGAACCAGCUGUCGGUCACGCUCAAGGCCGAUUUCUCCGUCUCCGCUGGCUUGCACUUCCGUUACGGGUCGUCCUACAACGAAUUCUCCGUCAACCCCUCCCUCGACCACUACCGGGGCAAGCUCGCCGCUUCCAAGGCUUCCUUCAAUGAUGUGUGGGAGACCGUCCGUGGCGAGGUCGAGGCCGCUAUUUCGCAGAACGAGGCUCAGAAGACUUUGCUCGACAAUGCCCUGGAGGUGGUCACCAAGAUGCCUACCGUUGCCAACGGUGGCAACCCGUUCGGUGGACCUGCUGCCCCCGGCAACGCAGCUGGCCAGGUCGACGAAAGCGCCUUCAAGAACAUGUGGAACUUCAACUUGGCGGACGCAGCAUUCGGCUUCUUGGUGCUUGAGAUCGAGUCGGGCCGCAUCGCUACCGAAAUGCGCGCUCAAGGAUUCAACUUUGCCCACCGUACUGGCAAGCCCCAGCCCGCUGGCCCAGCCCAGCCCGCUCCCGUCCCCGCUGGCGCCCCCGCUGGAAUUGCCUCGCCUCGCGUUCCCGGAGCUGCUCCCCAAUUCGGUCAGGCCCAACCUGUUCCCGCCCGCACGGGUCCCCUUCCUCAACAGCAGGCCCCAGCUCAGGCCAAGGCUCCCGCCGCCGCUCCCGCUCGUACAUCCCCCGUUCCCGUGAUCCCUAAGCCUGCUACGCCGCAGCCUGCCGCCGCCCCUGCUACGCAGCCCGCCGUGACGUCGCCGGAGAGAACCACGGCCACCGAGGCCAAUGGUACCGCUCAGCCUGAGAAGCCCUCCGAAUCUCCGCUGCCCAAGAUUGAGAAGAAGCAGAGCAACGGCCUCUUCGUCUCGAACGUCGAGAAUGAACAAGCUGUGCGUGAUCUCUUCCCCGAGGAAGACAAGGCCAAGAUCACAAAGAUUGAGAAAUGGGGCAAAUACAACAACCAUGUCGUCCACUUCGCGACUGUCGAGGAGGCCAAGGCUGCUCUCGAUCGCCAGCCUGCCGAGCACAAGAAGCCUACCCCUGCCGGUCAGCCCCGUAAGCCCAACAUCAAGUUCUUCGAAGACCGGGGCAGCCACCGCGGCAAUGCCGGUACAUGGCAGAGCAGCAACCGUGGUGCCAACGCCCCCCAGCGCGGGUACCAGAGCGGAGGUGCCAGUGACAGCGAGACUAACCGCGGACGUGGAUUCCGUGGCCGAGGUGGUGCUGGCCGCGGCGACCGGGGCGGACGUGGCGGACGUGGCGGUCGCGGUGGGUUCAACAAGGGAGGUGCUCCGACUUCAGACUCGGGACCAGGCGACAAGCCCGCUGCAACUGGAGGCGACGCUUGA